CCGACCCUUAAAGAAAGGUAAUCAGCCCAUGUGUGAAGAGCAUGAAGAUGAAAAGAUCAACAUUUACUGCAUCUCUUGCCAAGUUCCCACCUGCUCAAUGUGCAAGGUCUUUGGAGUCCACAAGGACUGUGAGGUGGCUCCCCUGCAGAAUGUAUUUCAACAACAAAAGACAAAACUGACUGAUGGAAUUGCCAUGCUUGUGGCUGGCAACGACAGGGUCCAGGUUAUUGUCGAUCAAUUGGAAGAGAUGUGCAAAAGCAUUGAGGAGAACAGCAGACAGCAGAAACACUCGCUCAUGGAACAGUUUGACAAGUUAUACACUAUUCUGGAGCAAAGGAAAGAUGACAUGCUUCUAUCAAUUACAAAAGAACAGGAGGACAGAGUAGCAUUCAUCAAAGAUCUGAUCAGGCAGCACAAAGAACAUCUAGAGGCAUCUUCUAAACUGGUAGAAGAUGCAAUUCAAUUCAUGGAGGAACCUGGAAUUGCUUCCUUUCUCGUGAAUGCAAAGAAACUCUUGGAAAAGAUCGUUGAUGCCUCCAGAACCUCCCACAUACCAGAAUAUGAAGAUGGGUUUGAGAACAUGGACCAAUUUUCAGUGGAUCUGGAAAUGGCAGAGGAAACCCUGAAGAAUAUAAGAUUUGGAAUAGAUGAGGAAGAGAUAGAGGAAGAAGUGGAGACUGAGGAAGAGGAUGUAGUGGAAGAUCAAGCUGAUGACCAGCAGUGAUGCCGUUGUGGUGGUGACGUGGAAUGUCUUUUGUGAAUUCUUGGGAUUAUCCCACUCCUCCUGACUCACAGACAGCUGAGGAAGAAGUCCAACUUGUUCAACAAUUUUCUUUUUGUUCAUAAAAAUGUCUUUUAAAAAAUCAAAAAAAAUGUUUUUAUAUGGUGCAAAAUUAAUGGUUUUGUACAUUUUAUAUCUUAUUUUUGUAUAUAAUACAAUGGAGUGAUAAUUCAUUGUAUUUUUUUUAAACAAUGAGAUUUAGCAUUCAGCAUAGCUUAAGUCCACCAUCUGCAUUAUGUCUGCUAUUCCAUUAGAUUUUUAGUUGAAUCACUACAUUGCAGUAAUCCCCAGUUAGUGAUGGGCAAAGGUCUGGAACCAGACGCUUUGCUAAGUCACUAGUUCAUGGACUUUUUUGCUUGUAAAUCCCCUUUUCAAAUGGUUUCAGUCAUCACAGACCCCUUCAUCCUAUCUGAAUUCUAACAAUACAAGCUUCUUUCAUUUUGGCAUUUCUGAAAGUAAAAUUCAUUCGUAUCCCCAUUAAAGGGCUUUGCGGCUUUUCUCUAGUUCUGACUUAAAGCCCAGUUGCAUCACUGAUUGAUUGUCUUUCUAGAUCCUCUGGACAAGGUUGAUGCAGCAACUCCUUCAUACCCUUCCCUGAGCUUCAGACCCAGGAAUCCAUUCCUGGUCUCUCCAUUAUCUCUUACCUGCACUGCUGGGAUUUUCAGUCUGUCCAAAGCCCUGCUAAUCCUAUUACUGUGGGUGAACUCUCAGAUGUGUCCCUCCAGAAGAUCCAAAGAAAUCAAAAUAAUAACCAACAGUGUAUGCCUGGCUCACAUCAUCACAGCAAUAGAUUCCAUUUACCUUCUUUCCCACAGUACCUGAAAUGUCUUUAUCAAAUCCCUGGGACCCCAGUUUGAGAACCACAGCCCUCAGUAUCACUAAAUGAAAACUGAAUGCAUUAAAGGUGGCAAAUGUAGAGCAAAGAAAAAAGAAAAUAUUCAAAUUAUCAGAUCAUUCUAAAAAAAUAAAAUGAAUUAACGCUGGAGACUUGAAAUAAGAAAUAGAAAAUGGUGCAAGUAGGCAGCAAGUCAAUUACUAUUUUGAAGAACAGAUUUUUAGUCGUAGCAGAUUCCUGAGAUGUCAGUUUAAAAGCUCCAUUAUGAUGGUCACUUCAUUUUCAUGCCUGUAUGUUGUUUGAAAUUAU